AUGCAGUGUUUAUUGGAGGCCCCAGGCGAGGAGGAUGUCUUCUCCCCGCAACCCGAACGUGUUGCCAUAGUGACCGGAGGGACCGAUGGCAUUGGAUACGCGACCGCAAAGCAGCUGGCGAAGCUGGGCAUGCACGUUAUCAUAGCCGGAAAUAACGACAGCAAAGCCCAGGAGGUCGUGAGGAGGAUAAAGCAGGACACGCUCAACGACCAAGUGGAAUUUCUGUACUGCGACCUGGCGUCCAUGAGGUCUAUCCGGCAGUUCGUCCAGACGUUCAAGAUGAAGAAACUCCCCCUCCACGUCCUGGUGAAUAACGCCGGCGUGAUGAUGGUGCCUCAGAAGGCCACGGACGACGGCUUUGAGGAGCACUUCGGCAUCAACUACCUGGGCCACUUUCUGCUGACCAACCUCCUCCUGGGCACCCUGGGGGAGUCGGGCGCCCCCGGCCGCCACUCCAGGGUGGUGACCGUGUCCUCGGCCACGCACUACGUGGGGGAGCUGAACUUGGACGACCUCCAGAGCGGAACCGACUACUCAGCGCACGCGGCCUACGCCCAGAGCAAGCUGGCCCUGGUGCUCUUCACCUACCGCCUGCAGGCGCUGCUGACAGCCCGGGGCGCGCCCGUGACCGCCAACGUGGCCGACCCCGGCGUGGUGGACACCGACCUCUACAAACACGUCUUCUGGGGCACCCGCCUCGUCAAGAAGCUCCUGGGCUGGUGGGUCUUCAAGACCCCAGAUGAGGGAGCCUGGACCUCUGUCUACGCCGCGGUCAGCCCGGUGCUGGAAGGUGUCGGUGGCCGCUAUCUCUACAACGAGAGGGAGACCUGGUCUCUGGAGGCCACGUACGACCCGGAGCUUCAGUCGCAGCUCUGGGCCAGAAGCUGCCAGCUGACGGGCAUCGCUGAUGUGACCCAGGAGACCUUUGGCAGGUAG